AUGGCUGCACUCUUCAUUGUGGCGAUUGUGGCGUCAGCGGGUUUUCUCCUCCACAGAAAAUAUAGCAGGGUGCAGUCUUUGGAAAGAAGUUCAUCUGGAUCCUAUUUGAACUUCACCCGAACAUCAACAAACCCAAACAACGGUGCGUUGUCUGCUUUGACCCGCUGCCCUCCUCAACAUGAAGGCCUGAAAGUCAUAGAUGAUGAGCCAGUGUACAGCAACGUGCAGCCUCAGUCACACCCGCCCAGCUGCUGGACUGCAGACGUGGACGAAAGUAUAUAUGCAAAUGUGUAG